AUGUCGUAUAUUGUUAAACCAUCACGGCCUCGUGAUCCAGCUAAACCACCAACAAAUCUAUCUGCACAGGAAUUACAAACUAUUAUGGAACAUAUUACAACUUGCAAAAAUUUUAGUAUUGAUACUGAAUCUGAUCGUAAUACACGUGAACUUGCUUUAAUUCAGAUUCACACAAUUCCAUCUCGAUUACCAGGUAUCGUCAUUCUUCUUGAAUUAUUUCAUUUACCUUUAGUUGAUACAAUAUUAUUUCAACAAAUUUAUUCAUUGGUUCAAUUGAUAUUUUAUUCUGCAUUGAGUUACAUUAAUCUUCAACGACGAUUUAAACCAUGGAUCGAGGGGAUACUUCCUCAUUCUGAGGAAUGUCAGUCCGAACAUAUUAAUCCACAACCUUAUCGUUGUGAUUGUAUUCCUCACAUUGGUACAACAGAAACAUGGUCCUUACAAAACGCUGUACGUUAUGCUUGCAGUCAAUUUCUUGAUAAAUCUUGUACAAAAAGUCGUUGGAAAAAAUUAUUGGAUCCUUUAUAUUCAACAUUAGCAUCUUCUACUUUAAAUAACAUGAUUUAUUAUGUUAUUUAUGAUGUUCUGGCCGUUUCUUAUUUACGACGACCUGUACUCGAAUCAUGGGAUCUUGAUCAAUUACGAAAAGCAACAAUUGCCUCGUUAUUGACUGUACCAUUAUUUACAUUUGGAGAACUUGAAGAUAUAUCAGAUGAUGAUAUUAAUGAUACAGAACAAACAUCAACAUUGCAUUUAAUUAAUGAACCACAAAUUGCUGAUGAACUUAUUAUUCAAGCUGACGAUGUCAAUUUAUUAUCUGAUGAAACAACUGCACUUCAAUCUUUACCUACACAAUUAUUAUCAACUAAAGUUAGAUUUCGUUCUUGUCGUUCCAUUCAAUCUCGAACUAAACGAAAUAAAAAAAGAAACACUACUCGUCGUCUAUUUCGUUAUAGACAUGUUAUUCGUCGCGCUUUAUAUCGUAAAUUUCCUAUGUUCAUGGUCAAGAUGAUUCUUAGAAAAUUACAUAUUCAUUUUGUUCAUGUUAACCGUGAUGUGAAUGAACUUAUUAUUGGUAUAAAAUCUGAACGAUUGCGUGCACAAUAUGAAGAACAAAUUCCUAUGAACCUUUUUGAUCGUAAUCAUUAUAUUCAUGCAAAACAAUCGAUUAUGUGA